AUCGCCUCCCCUCUCCUCCUCCUCCUCCUCCUCCUCCUCCUCUCCCUUCUCCUGACUGGGAUCUCGAUCGGAUGAGAUGGCCGACGCCAGCGCAGGCAACAAUGCGGGCAGCACGAGCAACGCCGAGGUCCAGAUACAGAUCCCUGCAGGGCCACCCAAAGCCGAGCCGGGGGCACCAUCCAAGAACUCCGGCGCCAAGAACUGGCGGUGGUGGAUGAUGGUGUCGGUGGACGUCUUCUUCGUCGUCGCCGGCCAGACGUCCGCGACGCUGCUGGGGAGGUACUACUACCACCAGGGCGGCAGCAGCAAGUGGAUAUCAACGUUCGUGCAGACCGCUGGCUUCCCCAUACUGUUCCUCGCCCUCUUGUGUUUCCCCAAGUCGUCCGGCGGCGGCGGCGCCAGCGGCGACGCCCCGGUCGCCAAGGUCGCGGUGAUCUACGUCAUCCUGGGGCUCGUCAUAGCCGCCGACGACAUGAUGUACGCCAGCGGCCUCAAGUACCUCCCGGUCUCCACCUACUCGCUCAUCUGCGCCAGCCAGCUGGCCUUCAACGUCGUCUUCUCCUACGUGCUCAACUCGCAGAAGCUCACCGGCCUGAUCUUCAACGCCGUGAUCCUGCUGACGCUGUCGGACGCGCUCCUCGGGGUGAACCACGACGAGACGGAGGACAUGAGCGGCAUGCCUCGGGGCAAGUACCUCAUGGGCUUCCUGCUGACGCUGGGGGCGUCGGGCACCUACUCGCUCAUCCUCUCCCUCAUGCAGCUCACCUUCGAGAACGUGAUCAAGAAGCACACCUACACGGCCGUGCUCAACAUGCAGAUAUACACGGCGCUCGUCGCCACCAUCGCGUCCAUGGUCGGCCUCUUCGCCAGCGGCGAGUGGAGGAUGAUGACGGAGGAGAUGGACACCUUCCGCUCCGGCCAAUUCUCCUACUUCAUGACGCUGGUGUGGACGGCCGUGUCCUGGCAGAUCACCUCCGUCGGGGUGGUGGGGCUCGUCUUCGAGGUCUCCUCCCUCUUCUCCAACGUCAUCAGCACCGUGUCGCUGCCCAUCGUGCCCCUCUUCGCCGUGCUCAUUUUCCACGACACCAUGGAUGGGAUAAAGAUCAUAUCCAUGCUCAUCGCCGCCUGGGGGUUCGUUUCCUAUCUCAUGCAACACUUCAUCGAUGACAAGAAAGCUAGGAAGGCGGCAGCUGGUGGCUAGUAUAGUAUAUAUAUGGUCCUUGGUGCGCUAGGAAUUAAUAAUUUUGC